CUCCCACCGACCACUGCAAAAGUUGACCACGAACAGCGAGGCUUCGAAAGUCACACCCAAAGAACUACGAGGUCACCAAUGGAUCCAGUAUCGCUGACUCUUGGUCUGCUGCCCUUGAUUGCAGGUACUGUCAAGGGAGCCAAGAAGACCCGGACAAAGCUGCAUGCGCUUGUGAAUUAUGCAGACGAGGUCAAACGAGUUCACAUGCGCUUCAUGAUACAAGAGUCGCGCGUCAGGACGCAGUCGGCUCUCCUCAUCUGCCACGCCAGGGCGGUGCCCCUGAAUGUCAAUAUCGAGACGGAACUACUCGAGCAAGCCGCUGCGGACCUGCCAACAACUUUAUCUCUGGGCGACGAAAAGAUCAAGCGAUACCUCGGAGACAGCUACAACACAUGCGUGGAGCUUUUCUGCGACAUCUCUUCCAAGCAGACCGCCAUCCUCAAGAUGCUGGAGCGCUUUGAGCCCGACACAACCUCGAGCCAGUCUAGAGUUUCUGAGAGGCUCUCCAAAGGGAUUGCUUUUGCUUUUCGGGAGUCUGAAUGCACUGAGCUCGUCAAUGAUUUGCAAACUGCAUUGGACGGUUUAACGCAGUUGAAUCGAGACAGGAGAGACCUUCAGCUUUCGCUGAGCGCGGAAGCACCUUGCAAACCUUUGGUCCUGGCAAAGGCAUCCAACCAACCGUCCCUGGCCUUUCCGCCGUAUGAAAGAAUCACAAGAGCGACAAAAGAUCUUCACCUCGCGCUGAGCUCCGCUUUCAUGGGCACACCAAGUUCAGCACCCAUCACGCAUGCCAGGAAAGAUAUCGCGCAUCAGGCCAAGCUCUUCAUCGACGCUUCCAAGACAAACGACGAGGUCCGAUCUACAAUCAUGCUUUCCUCCAUCUUCAGCUUGCAAAACAGUACCAAGCUUCUUAACCUGACCGUCAAGUCUGUCGAAAUAUGGGACGCUGAAAGCGGCGGCUCAGACCAGGACCAACCCCAGAGAAAAAAGACACGACCAAGUGUUCGGAAAUCAGUUCGCACAGAGUGUCCUGUCCUAUCCGCAGGAGUAAACGCGACGAUACAGAGCCAGCCAAGCAGCACACUUCAACUACAAGCUCACGCAUUUGAGCUGUGCGCCUGUCUACACCGAGGCUGCUGCAGCGGCGGCAAGGCCAAACACAAGGGCAAAGGCAAGGCAGGAGCCAUUCCAGGCUCUCUCCACACCCUCUCGACGCCAGCGUACACCCACAGCUUCUUUCCGACCCACGGCGCCGACUAUUGUCGGCCGAGCAACCUUGCAAAGGACUUCAUGUCGCUCCGGGAAGCUUUCGACUACGACCCCGAGCCGAACUUUAGCAAAACGGACCAGCUCAAGCUGGCGAGGAACAUCGCCACCGCGCUCCUCAAGUUCCACGGCACCCCGUGGCUCGGCGACUUUUGGGGUGUCCGCGACCUCUCGCUGGUCUCGGUGGCGAGCGGAGGGAUAGGGUCUUCGCUGGGCCAGUCCAUGCGGACCCUCCAUGUCGGUUUGGACGUGGCGCAAGGUUUGGCUCCGAGGCGGCUACCCCCGCGGGAAUCUUCGGCCGCCUCGCUCAGCAGGCAGACUCUGCUUGCCAGGAGGCCCAAGGAUGCACCUGCUCAAGACUGCCCGCAACUCCUGGACGCCGGGACAAUCAGGGGCAGCAUGCAGCUGCACAGGAUCGACAACCUCCCGCUCUACUACCUCGGCGUGGUGCUGCUGCAGAUUGACAGGUGGGAGCCCGUCAACGAGGACGACCUGUCUCGGGUCUACCAGCUUGCCAGGAAGAAGCCCCGGCUCGGGGAGAGGUAUGCAUACAUUGUGCAAAAGUGCCUCAAGUGCCGCUUUGCCCAGGCACGCGAGGCGGACUAUGACCUGUCCAACUUGGGGUUGCAGACGGGUGUUUACCAAGAAGUGGUGUGUGGGAUAUCCGGAAUCUUGGAGGGUCUCAACAUAAUAGACGAGGAAUAAUACAGCACAUGUGAACCUUUUGUCAUCAGACUCCACAAUCAAUGUCCUACGCCUUUGACUACCUCUUUGGAGACCAACACUCGCUACUGUCGCUCGUCAUCAGGGCUGUAAACCCUGUACAGUGUCUUUUACACGGCCGGGUCCUCAUGCAAGAUGAGCCGCGAAGGAGGAGCAAGCGUUGCAUUCGAGGCCCUAUGAGUAGCUCUUGAUAGGAUAGAGAAGGCCUCAUCAUGAACAGAAA